CGCCCGGCUCUCUCAACUCAUAACAACACAUCGGCGACAUCAUCUCUACAACACAUCGAGAAGAUCACCUAACUGUGUCGCCAGAUUCCUACCUAGCUAGCCUCCUGCUCUUUCGCGCUUGAUUUUUAGAGUUGCUCAUUAAUGGCGAACAUGAUGGCCAUAACCUCGUUCGCCGGUGCCGCCGUCGUGAUCCAGGGAGCAAGCGGCCGCUUCGCUGCCCGCUCCUCGGCUCUGGCGCUGCGCCGACGCACCGUCGCCGUUAGGGCCCAGGCCGACGAGCCGAGCACGCCACCACCAAACAAGCCCAAGGCAAGCACCUCCAUCUGGGACGCUCUGGCAUUCAGCGGCCCCGCGCCGGAGCGUAUCAACGGGCGCCUCGCUAUGGUGGGUUUCGUGACGGCGCUGGCCGUCGAGGCGGGGCGCGGCGACGGUCUCCUUUCGCAGCUCGGCAGCGGUACCGGGCAGGCGUGGUUCGCCUACACCGUGGCGGUGCUGUCCGUGGCGUCGCUCGUGCCGUUGCUCCAAGGUGAGAGCGCCGAGGGCAGGGCUGGGGCCGUCAUGAACGCCAACGCAGAGCUCUGGAACGGCCGCUUCGCCAUGCUCGGACUUGUCGCACUCGCCGCAACCGAGAUCAUCACGGGCGCGCCAUUCAUUAGCACCUAAUUAAUUAUGAUGAUGUGGACUCAUCGUCGUACGUGCGUGUACAUCAUCGUCAUGAAUUUCUCUAGUACUUGCUAACUAAUCGUUUCGAAUUGUAUCCUUGAUGCAGUAGAUAGGAGAUAUUGUAGGCCCUGACAGGACAUUUUUGCAAAUAUAUCACAUAUAUAUUUCCAUUGCGACAAUCUCUUGUGUACUUUUGUCUUUUCUACACUACAUGGUUUAGAAAUGUCAUGUACAGUUCAUACGGACGUACUUACUGAGUAUACUAAUAGAAGAUGAAUACACUCCUAGCCCCUUCGCA